CUCAGUUAAAUACGUCUCCUCGUUGGGUGCCGAGAAAAGCAAAAGCCCCAAAAAGGAAGAAAUUACCCGUCGCUUGGUUGGAAAAGACGCCCUUUCUUUAGAAGCCCCGCUAGCCUUGACUCUCCCUUCGCUCUAUCUGUCGCCAUCUCCGGCAGGCAUGGCUGACACCUUGAGAAGACUGAUCAACAAUGAGACCUGCAGGAUUUUGCAGGAGAAGCUGGAAAGUUGGUAUAAAGACUAUUACAUUAACUCGUGUAAUAAAAAUUUGACUCGGUGCUGUGAAAUCAUGGAGCUGAACUCUAUGAUUCAGGGACAGCUGUUUUCGAUUCUCAAUCAAGCUUGUCAAGAAGGUGGCAAUUAUGAAGGUAUGGAAAUAAUAAAAUCUCGUCUCCUCCCAUGGUUGGGUACUUGCUUUUCUAGCCACUCUUCUGGAAGCACCCUGGACACAUGUUCUUCGGUAUUACAGGAAUCCCUUGAGAAAGACAGACUGCUGAGGGAAUUAAGCAGCGUUCGGAGCUUUGAAGUUGAACAGCUGGAAAAAGAACUGAAUGCCACACGGUUACGGCUGAAUUUGGUGCAACAAGAUCUGGCAGAAGCCAAGUUGUCUCUUGAAGACACAAAGACCAAAUCAGCUACUACUCUUUUGGCAGCAGAAGACGAAAUUGUUCAACUAAAAACAAACCUAAAGGCUUCUCGGGCAAAAACAGAUUGUACUUUGGAGAACCUAGAACAGCUGAAUGAAUAUGAGAAUCAGCUUCAGACGUUGAAGGAUGAAAUUGCUAUCCUUCGGGCUGAGAAAUCUCUUCUUCAAAGCAGACUUGCACGGAAUCGAUCUUCUUCUCCGAGGGUUACCCGAAGCAGAUCGCCUAGUCCACCUCCAGCACGAAAUUUUUCGCCUAGCCGAGGAAGACUUACUCAUGCUUUGCGCCACACUCGCCUUGUGGAACGAUUCAAUGACAUUUACUCUCAGGAACGCCUAAACGCUCAAACUCUCUUGAGGAGCUACACAGAUGAUCUCGAAACGGUGCAGAGAAUCAUCUAUACCGCUGUGGUGGAGUCCUUCUAUGCAGCAAAGAAGGCCUUCAGACAGUUCAAAAUGCGCGUUAGAAAGACACUCUCUCUCAGUUACUCAGGGCCUGAACCACUUGAAGAUAUGGUGAUGGACUAUAUAAUUCGUCAGGAAGAUCUAUAUGAUGUUCAGUCCAGCGUCAGUGAAGUCAUCCGUGCACUGAAUAUCAGUCCCAAGCUUUCUCUUCCAGGAGUUGACUUCAUCAUGAUCAGUAGUUUGAUACGAGAGUUAUGCCGGAUAGCUUUUUCCAUGCAGACUCUGGAUCCUCCCCUGGAUGUUUCUUUUGGUACAGAUGGAGAGCUGUUCAGCGAAUACAAGUACCGUCGCAGCUAUGAUUCUGAUUUCACAGCUCCAUUGGUGGCUUAUCAUGUCUGGCCAGCUCUCCUGGAAGAGGACUCGGUGAUUGUGAAGGGAGAGGCCGUAACUAAAAGAGGUGCUCUGUGGUCCAGAAGCAGGAACAGGAGCCGCAGUCGCAGCCGUAGUGUAAGCCCUCUGCCUUGUAGUACAGGAUACUCUCGGAAUUUGACAAUUCGGAGCCGGAGUCCUUCCCCAUUAAGGAACGGAAGCCCAAGUAAGUGGGCCUUUUCAGAAUGUAGUCAGCCAUGGAUUUAAAUUCAAAUUUAAUUUAAUAUAAAAUGAUAAAUCAAGUAAAGAGACAAUAUAUAAUUUUCCAGGCUGGAUUUUUUUUCUUUAAAGCCAAUGCUCUUUGGUUGCACUGUUUUAACACAAAUAGUUUCCCUUAAUGAUGUUAAGGCUUUUGGUUAGGGUGUAUAGAAUUCCUUACGUCAUUUUAUAUCCAAUCAUUCCCAUAUCUCUUAAUAUUUGCUGCAGUUGUUAGCAUUCAUAGUCCUUUUUUAAGGGUUACAGUAUCUUUAGGGAAAUAAAACCUCAAAUGAGGGAUCUAUUCAGAACUAAGAAAAAUUAUUAAUAAAUGCAGAUAAUUCUAUGCUGCAUAUAGGUACUCACUAUACUAAAAUUACAUCAGCAUGCUGGAGAAAGCCAAUUCCAGGUAAUUAACCUUUGGCUAACUAAUAGAACAACCUGUUUUCCUUGCUCGAAAGUAACAAUCAAUAUAUAGGGGAAAACAAGAUUGUAAAUGUAUACCUUACUAUUUCCUAUUUGAAAUAAUUUACUGCAGAGUUAUUUUGGAUGUGUGUAUGUGUGGAAUUUAUACAUAAUGCUAUAUCCAUAUACAUUUUUUUUCUCCAAUAGGAAAGUAGAUUCUCCAAUAGGAUAUGGGUUUUGUUUUUUUUUGAUUCUGUACAUCUCGAUCAAUCUGCGUCUACGGUGCCUUCUCCUGUUCCAGCAAUACCUCAAACUACACUUAAAAUAAUGUGAACAACUGUUUUGAAUGCCUCUGACAACCCUUAGUAUGUUUUUAUAACUUUGCAUUUUUUUAAAAAACCAAAUGAAUGCACCCAUGAUUUUAAAAUUUCAGAUGCAUUUUAAGGUUUCUUGAUCUUUAAAGAUUGUUUACAUAGCUUGUGACAUCACUUCCUUUGCGGGAAUUCGGAGGGAGUAGUGGGCUAGGAGGCCGACAUUCAAUAUAUUGCGAUUGGACUUUUAGGAUUUAUUUUGAGAACCGCAAUAUGUUGAGGCUGCAUUCAUGUAUGUAUUUGUUUGCAACCAAGUUUUGAUUAAACUCUGUGGGACUUAAUACAGAGUAGAUGUGUUUAAGAUUGCAGGUGUGGGUGUCUUUUGAAGUAUAAUCACAAGAUGGUGCUUAUUUAGGGCAUUUGAAGUCCAACUGUAAUAAAUGGAAUGAAAGAUGCCAAUUGUUGUUAAGAUCAAACCCAGUAAAAGUAUAUAGCUAUAUUUUCAUGGAAAUAUGUUCGUAACAUUGUGGUUUUUACAUAAUUAUAUAACUGUUGAUAUAAGAAUUAGAACUUUUAUUUCAGCAGUAGACACGGUAGACAGUGGCUAAUCUUUUCCAUUGUUCAUGACCGUCUAAAUAAAACACCAUCUUUCAUUUUUAAAUGUAUAAGAAAUAUACACCACUUAGACUUUUGAAACACAUUUGCAUUAAGAGAAUGUUUCACAGGGUUACCUACUGGAACAUGCAUUUUCUUCUCUUUAAGGAAUUGAGACUCUGACUUCAUUUAAUGCCAGAACUAAUGUGCCCUUAAAUCUGUAUAAUCAGAAGGAACUGGGGAUGGGAUUCGACCAGUUUGGGCAAACCGGUAACUCCGACAAUCAGCUUGGAGCAAACUGGUUCACUCCAAUGAUCAGCUGGGCCCACCCGCCUGCCCCUGCGCUUUACUUACCUUUAUUUUUGCAGCAGAGCGGAUUGCCGUGCCUCAGCUGUUUUAAUUCCCUAGCACUAACGUGGAAGGUGAUUUUUUGUUGAACUGUGUGGGCGGUCUGGCGUGGGUGCGCGCAAAGCGUGCGAUCACCAAACCGGUUGUUAAACCGGAAGGAUCCCACCACUGGAAGGAACUCAAAUGUUCACACACCGUUUCAUUUUUUUUUUGUAGAAAAACAAAGGUUCCUGCAGUACCUACAUUCUAACGUAUACAAUUCAUGAAUUCGCUUGGUAUUUUACAGCCCCAUUCACCAUAUACAUGGCAUAUACAGUAUUAUUUAUACCUGUAUAUAUAUGUGUGCCUUCAAGUCAAUGUUAACUUAUCUGGACAAGACCCUGCAGUUUUCUUGGCGAUAGUUUCGGAAGUAAUUGGUGAUGGCAUUUUCCCUCAGACUGAGGGAAAUUUUUACCACUACUUCAAGAUCUAUCUACCUACCCUUUCUCUGCCCAUAGAAAGAAAAAGAUUGAAUAUUAGAACAAGGUUAGCAAGUCUGCAAAUAAUCUGAGUGAUCAGAUGGGAGUUAGAAAAAGAAAAGAAAAAGGAAUGAACAAAGGAAUGAACAAAGGAUUGACGAGAAACAAAAUUACCUUAAGUAGCAGAGAUAAACAAAAUGUGAAUCUGAGAUCUGAGCUUGCACUGAAUUGCUGGUUAAGGGAUUUGGUGCAGUGAUCUUUAUCAAGCAAACAUUUUAGCUAAAAGCAGUGAUAGCUGAUAUUUUUACUUCUAAUAUUUGGAUCUUUUUUUUAUAUAAAUACUUUUUUUUGUAUGGCUAUGUGCGUGCAUGCUACUGGUUGCUUUUUUUAAAAAAAAUCAAAUAUAUAGUCUCACUAUUGCUUUGGACCAAAGAUAAUUGAUUUAUAGGGUGUGCAUUAAAUUUUUAGAAAAAUAUGAUUACAACUUAUUUUUUUUUUAAUUAAAACUGAGUCUUUAAGCUUAAAAGCAAAACAUAUGAAUCGAACAGUCUGUAUCAGAACUGCAAAAUCCUGGAUAGCCAAGACUGUAGAUGGCAGUAAAGACUUAAUUUUUGUGUGUGUCAUUGCUGCCAUCUGGUGGUGGUAUGGAUCUUUGUAUGCCCAAGAUGGUAGCCUCAAUGAAAGGGCAAUGCUAGGCAUACACAUUCAAGAGAAGAAGUCAAUUUAGUGUCCCUGGUCUUCAUUAUGCCUCCUUCUACUACUUGGAAAGGGACAUGGUAGUGGAAAAAUAUGAUGGUGACCUAAUUUCAGGUCUAUUGUGAAGUCUUUUACAUACUCAAGUAAGUGAAUCUAUCAAGAAUCUUCCUAGAGAUCAUGUUUGCAUUUUUGCCUCUUUUUUUCAUAGAAGCUGUGAUCCUUGGACUGGGUAGACUUGAGGUUUAAUCUUUUCUCUCCCCCCCCCCCCAAUAAUUGGGGAAUUUCUCCAGUUCUGAAACUGGCCUACCUCAAAAGGCUGGCUUCUCAUUUAGAAAGAUUGAUCUUUCUAAAAUAACAUUACCAUGACAUCCCAUAAGAGGGGAAUAAUUGCAGUAAUGGUUGCAAGAUAACUUGGUGAGGAAUCUAAAGGUAUAAACAGGGUAUCUUGUUAUUAAAGUUCCUUCAAAAAUAUGGUAUUCCAACACAUAUGUCAGCCACAUUUUAAAUACUUUAAAAAAAUUGUAUUGCUCUGAACAUGUAAUCAGUAACUCAUGUAUAUUAAACCACCAAUUCUUUAAAAUAUAUUAUUCUGGA